GUGGGACGAGCUUCCAUUUUGUGUCGCAGUUAGCGACUGGGUGGGUUAGUCGAGAGUCGGCCGUCGUGCGGUGAUAUUCGAGGCUUUUCCUCGCCGAGUGUCGGUAGACUUCUGCGCAGCCAGCGAUCUUGAUCAACAUUUCGCAGUCGCAGUGCAGCUGGAUCGAUCCUAAGUGACCAUGAGCGGCUGCCGUGUGUUCAUCGGGAGGUUGAAUCCAGCAGCCAGAGAGAAGGACGUGGAAAGGUUUUUCAAGGGUUAUGGACGGAUUCGAGACAUUGACCUGAAAAGAGGCUUUGGAUUUGUGGAGUUUGAAGAUCCAAGGGAUGCUGAAGAUGCAGUGUAUGAGUUGGAUGGAAAAGAACUUUGUAGUGAACGAGUUACGAUUGAACAUGCCAGGGCCCGUUCUAGAGGUGGACGAGGCAGAGGGCGAUACUCUGACCGUUUUAGUAGCCGCCGACCACGAAAUGAUAGAAGAAAUGCUCCACCUGUAGCGGUGACAGAAAAAUCGACUUUAUUAGCCAGAAAGUAAAUUUUGUCAUCCAGAGUCAGCUGGCAGGACCUCAAAGACUUCAUGAGGCAAGCUGGGGAGGUAACCUUUGCAGAUGCACAUAGACCUAAAUUAAAUGAAGGGGUGGUUGAGUUCGCCUCUUAUAGUGAUUUAAAGAAUGCCAUUGAAAAACUUUCUGGGAAAGAAAUCAAUGGAAGGAAAAUUAAACUAAUUGAAGGCAGCAAAAGGCACAGGUAUGUAUGCUGGAAUGAUAACAUAA